AUGACCGCCUUUACACCCGAAGCAGUGCCGGUGGCGUCAUCUGAUGAGAGCCCGUCACCUGGAGUGGCGGGUGUGCAGCUUGCACCGGUGACAGGCGCCCCAGCUGCCCCAGCUGGUGUCCCAGCUGCUGCAGCGUCGCCGACGUCGUCCGUCUCGUCAGCAACGUCCUCGCUGCUCGACGCCGCCGUGGAGCCAGCGCCUCUGCCUACAACGAGCAUCAGCUCGCCCGCCUCCCAGGUCUCACUCUUUGACGAGCUUGCACCGCACUUUGCUCUCUCUGCUCCUGCUGCUGACCCGCAGCCUCCGCCAGCGACUCCCGCCGUUCCACAGCCGCUGGGAGAUCUGGCCUUCCUCGACGGGCACACGGCCGUCGCAGCACCGGAGCCUUCCGCUGCCGCGCCUGCCGCUACCGCGCCUGCUGCCACGCCUACACCUGCCACGCCUACACCUGCGGCGCCUGCACCUGCUGUGGCGGCCAGCCCACCACAGCAUGAUGUGCUCCUCCAGCAGCAGCACUACCUGAUGGAGCAACAGCGAGCUGCACAGCUCGCCAAGCAGCAGCGCGAUCUCGAGGAGCAGACCCGCAAGCUCGAAGAGCUGAAGCGACAGAGUACCAUGCUCGAGGCCGAGAUGGCGCAGCGUCAAGCCGCUGCUGCAAACUCCACCCCUGCUCCCGCCGCCACCCCCGCCCCCGCGCCCACUCCCGCCGCAGCCCCCACUCCCGCCGCAGCCCCCACUCCCGCCCCAGUCCAGCUCGCCCCGGUCUCUGACGAGCAGCUCGCGCUGCAGCGGCAGAUGGCACAGUUGGAGGAGGAGCGCCGCAAGGCCCAGGAAGAACGCCUCAAGUUCCAGCAAGAGAUGCGCAAGAUGGAAGAGGAGCGCCGGAGGGCCGAAGAGGAGCGCCGCAAGGCCGAGGAGGCCCGGCAGCAAGCCCCUCCACCGGCCAUCGACGCGCCGCCGUCGUUCGAGCCUGCACCACCGUCAUUCCAGCCUGCACCACCGUCGUUUGAGGUUGCGCCACCGUCGUUUGAGCCUGUGGCACCGUCGUUUGAGCCUGCGACACCGGCUGUUCCGGCCUUUCAGCCGCAGCAUCCCCCGGUGCUGGGCCACGCACCACACCUGUCGCAGACGCAGCCGCAGCCGCAGCUGCAGCAGCCGUCGGCGCAGGCUCCGGCCUACUUUCCACCAGCAGCCGGCGCGUUCACUCCCACCGGUCUGGCGUCGUUCUCGCCGGCGCCACUCCCAGGAUCGGCCAACCCGGCACUUGCAGGGCAGAUGCCGUACACCCUGCCAUCGUCUGCAGCGCCGUCGAGCACGGCACCCGCGGCCGCGGCCGCGCCGACCGGAGCUGCCGCCUCUCCGUUCAACUACGCCAACCUUGACCUGACCAAGUACACCCAGCCGACCGGGUCUGUGGCGAUGCGGACGACCCGGCCCGAAUCUGACUCGGGCUCGUCGGCGUCGUCAGCCGAGUACUACUCGUACUCGUUCGACGCCGCUGACUACGGAGGAGUUCCGGCUGGCGCAGGUGGCUCGGACGGCUUUGACAUGGACGCCGAGGCCGAGUGCCACGGUAAGAUCGCCAUUCGCGAGGCCGACGGCCGCUUACCUGACAACCACAAGGUCGGCACGGUGUGGAAGCCGCCGAAGGAGCUGCCGCCGUUCUGGGAGGAGCGGACCGCGCCCGACGGCCGCGUCUACUAUGUCGACCACAACUCGCGGAAGACCACGUUUGAGGACCCGCGCCUCAAUCCCGACAACUACCCGGACCGCAACGCGCCGCGUGUGCAGCCCGCCGCCACCUCGGUCCCGUCGUACUCGUUCGAGGACCCGUCAGCCCCGCAGCGCAUCCACGUCCGUCGCAGGCGCAAGUCCAAGCCCAAGAAGAAGAAGAAGAAGAAGGACAAGUCCAAGUCCAAGUCCAAGUCCAAGGCAAAGGCAAAGGACAUGCCCGCGCCUGUCGCGGGAUACCAGCCGCAGCCACUUGCGGGCUACCCGGGCCUCUCAUCCUCACCGUAUGGCGCUGCCGCCCCUGCGCCCAGCUCGUACACCUCUUACCCCGGCCUUUACCCGUCGUCGACACCCGCGUCGUCGGUCUACCCUAUGCCCGCAGAGGGCGAGUCUGGAGACACAAACUUCCUAGUUGCCCUCGAGAUUCAAGACUCUGGCGUACCGCGAGUGUUUGGGGAGGACGGGGCAGGCUCCAACAACUAUGCAACAUUUCCCGCAGCGGCUCCGGUGACGGUGGGCGCGUGGGUUCACCUGGCUCUGGUUCAUGAGUCCUCUCUUUCCCGGUUCUCACUCUACCGAAACGGCGUGUACAUGGCGUCUGCGAGCUACUCGGGCACGUUUUGCGACGGUGGAGCCGAGACUCGAUUUGUGGUGGGCAACGAGGACAAUGCUCGUUCAGGUGCCGAUGUUCAGGUGGCCGAGAUCCGGGUCUGGAACUUUGCUCGCUCGCCGGCGGAAGUCGCCGCCGACUACCAGUACGUGCUCUCGGGCGGCGAGGCUGGGCUCAUCGGGUACUGGCAGCUCAACGCGGCAGCCGAAUGGUAUCCGGACCGCUCGCCCACAGGUGCUGCUGCGGCGGCGACCGGAGUCCCGCUCCCGCGAGUCGAGCCGAGCCUGCCGCUCGCCGGCGCCAAUGUCUCGCGCGACUUUUCGGCCGGGUUUACCUUUGGCGUCUCGCCCGCACCCGCGCCGGCGCUCGCCAUCACCGGCGACCUCACCAUCGAGUUUUGGAUCUGCCUCGAGACCACGAUAGCGCCGAGUGACCUGCUCAAGCAUGUUUUUAUCGUCUCACACGCCGCCAUUGGCGAGUCGUCUGCUACCAACUUUUUGUACAAGGUCGCGGUAGACAACACAGGCUUGUACUUUUUCCACGAGACUGGUAGCGGCAGCAACCAUUACUUUGUUCCAUCGCCGGCAGUCCACCUCCCGCGCGCGAUCUGGACCCAUGUUGCGGUGGUCCGCGACGUUACCGGAGCCGGUUCUGUCCUCUUUUACAUCAACGGCGCACACGUCGCCACAGUUGGGUCGACAUCAGGCGCGACCGGUGGCGGCGACGGGCGCCUCUACGUCGGCGUUGACGCCAACCGUAAUUUUUACAUCCCACCAUUCCGGCUCGCCGACUUGCGAAUCUGGUCAACAGCACGGAGGCCAAGCGAGAUUUCCGAAUACUAUGCGGCUCGGCUGCCUACACCGGCAGCUCAGCCCGGCCUUGAGCUCUACCUUGCGUUCGACGCCAUGUCGGCCGUGGUCGUCGAGCCGGACCUCUCUGCGAACGGCAUUGGUCUGGAUUUCAACAUUGACGGUGGGAGCGCAGUUCCGCCGGCGUACUCGACCGUCGAGCCACCUGCGGCUUCGCGAACGCUGCUGAUGGCGCGAGGCGUGGGCUCGCCGAUGGCGUUUUCGAUCUACUGGGUCAUUGUCGUGGCGCUCGUUGUGGGCAACAAGACGGUAUAUCAUCGACGCGACAACCUGCGGCUCCGGGCAGAGCUCUUCCUUGCGCUCGACACCGAGUCGUAUGGCCAGUUCGUGAUGCAGACGCACUCGUUGCUCUCGCCGUGGCGGGUCCACCCCGAGGCGUGGGUUGGGCGCACGCCGCGGCGGGUGGCGCUUGUCGGAGAGGUUGUGGCGGUGGCGGCGCUUGUCUCAUUGCUGGUGUAUAUCAACGAGGAGCUGGUGACGAGCGGAGCGACGAAUCUAGGCUGGCUGGGACUGUUUGCCACACUCGCCGCGUCGUCGCUCGGUCAUGCGCUUGGGUGGACCGGGACUGUGUGGUCGUUCCGGCUGAUGAGCUCCAGCUGGCCCAACUUGCCGCGAGCACGAAUUUACGCGUGCGCCGGAGUGGCCAUCAGUGUCGUCGGAGCGUCGGGCGUGGUGCUGGCGGUCGGCAACGCAGUCUCGGGUGCGAAACAGCUGGUGGCCAACCUCGUACUCACCGCGGUGGCGUUGGUGUGGCUGUGGCUGGUAUGGGAGCCUGUGCUCCUCGCAAUCCGGCUCUUUGUGGAGAAGGAGCUACUUUACAUCACCUGCCUGCAGUCGUCGCAUUGGCGGUUGCAGGGCAAGAAAGAAGGCGGCGCCGGUGGCGAGUUUGUCGACGAGACCCUGUCGGUGGCGUCGACGGUCCUCGACCUUGUGCCGUCCGACGACGGGUCGCCAGCCGGGACGAUAUCGACGUCGCACAUGGUCUCAACGCGGCAGCACAGCCAUCUACCACUGGCGCUAGUGGGCGAUCCGUUCACUUCGGUUGGGGCGCUGUCACACUCGUCGGGGUGGGUCCACGACGCCAGCCACCCAGACACGGUUGAAAUGCUCAUCCAGCAGCAGGAGAUGGAGAUUGAGCUCACCAUCCUUGCCCCCAUCAAGAACGCAGAAGUGCGCCGCCAGGCCUCGCUCUCACAGCUGGGGCCGGGCGGCGUGAUGCCGAAAGUGGCUCCAACUAGCGAGCUGCCGCCAAAGGCGCCGUGCAAUAGCGGCGAAGGCAUUGGUCCGUCGGCUGGCGCAGGCGCGGGUGCGGGCAACCACGGCCCGCCGCGGCCGGCGCGGCGCCGGACGUCGUCGGCAGCGUCGGGCAUGGGUUCAUCGGGCCCCGAGUCGUCGCGCCUCUCGCACUCUCCCGACGACGCGCUCCUCUCGUCGACCGAUGGCAACGCAGUCGAUCUCGCGCCGCUGGCCGAGAUCUACGGCUCCGGCUCGGAGACACAAUCGCCUCUCGAGCCUUUUCCGCCAACCGUUGCCUUCCCGCACUACUCCGCCGAUACCAACCAGGGCCAUGAUGGCAAUCCAUCGAGCCCCGACGGCGCGGCGCAGUAA